AUGAAUAGCUUAGCAAAGAGAAGUAACGAAACACGUUCUACCGUACUUCGAAGAUAUGCUCUUUUUGCCGCCAUCGCCAUUUCUUUAUUCAUUACGGGGAAGAAGCAUAUUGCAUACAAGAAGGAGCAACGUCACAAAUUGGAGAAUGAUUCAGAUGUGAACAAUUCCGAUAAUGAAUUCAGUAUCAGUAUCAAAAGACCAGGGUUUCCUGAGAACAACCCAAACUUGAAUUAUGAUGAUGAGAAAAGGCAAAGUAAAUAUAUUGGUAGUGGGUUUGCUUAUAGCACAAGAAGACCAGGUGAUAGGUUAAGUUUAUAUAAUAUCUUGAAGCAAAAAUAUUGGCCUGAUGAUAGAGAGAAAGAAGCUCAGUAUUAUUCGCCUGCUCCAGAGGAUAAAGUAAUCAAGUGA